AUGUCAGUUGACGACUUGAAGAAGCUUAACAAGAACAAGAAACUCAUCAAGAAGCUUGCCCGCAAGUACGAUGCCUUCCUCAUCAAGCAGAUCCCCCGUCUCCUCGGCCCCGGUUUGUCAAAGGCUGGAAAGUUCCCCACUCCCAUUUCCCACGCCGAAGAUUUGGCCCAGAAGGUGAACGACGUCAAGUGCACCAUCAAGUUCCAACUCAAGAAGGUUCUCUGCUUGGGUGUUGCUGUUGGAAAUGUUGGCAUGACUGAGGACCAAUUAAUUGGAAAUAUCAUGCUUGCUAUAAACUACUUGGUUUCCCUAUUGAAGAAGGGAUGGCAGAACGUUGGGUCUUUGACUAUCAAAGCCUCGAUGUCUCCUCCUAAGCGCUUGUACUAAACACGUUUUCCUUCUAUGUUCGCGGGCUUACGGAUUAAAAAUAUGGGUUGGGGUUUCAAUUUCUUUUAUUGGGAAUUCAUGUAACCAUUAUGGUAGAAGCAAAUAGGUUUGUACAAGCA